ACAGCUCCAGUAGCUCGAAAGGCGCCGUAAAAGACACAUCAGUGAUUCCUUCAAGCAAUUCCACAGUUCCAAUUACCAAUUAAUAAAGAUAAAAAGUAUCUCAAACCCACGAGACACUCCCCCUGCCACCAGUCAUUAAAUUCCAUCCCAGUGCAGUGAUAAAUCGUGAUCCCCAAAAUCGAGAAGAAAAAUUUCACCCUGCAACCCCUAUCACCAAUGGAUCUAUUCGUCGCAUUGCAACUGGCAUGAUAAAAAUUAAAAAAAAAAAUCCACCACCUCCGAAUACCCCUGGAGAUCACCAACACCAUCACCACAUUCAUCACCAGAUGAAUUUGAAUUCGUUUCAUUAAACAUCAAAAAUCAAAUAAUAAGAUAAUCGAAAAAUAGAUGACAUGAUAUUCUCUGUUGUGAAAAUUUCUCUGUUGAUAGUCGUGGAAUAAUAGCUGAGAGGAUUGCGGUAGUCCGGAUGUACUCGUAAUUCAAAACAAUAAUAUUUACAACUAAAAUAAUGGCUGAGGACACGAUACGAGGGAGUACUCUGCUGGAGGAGACAUUCUACAUAACAUCGAAGAAGAAUACUUAUUAUCGAGUUAAAUUGAGUGAUAAGGGAUUGAGUCUUCAGAAAGAGAGCAAUGGUGCUACCAAGACUGAGACCAUUGGUUUGAAUGACAUUAUUGGGUGUCGGUGUAUGAGAUCUAAAAGAAGAAGUGCCGGUAGUUGUGCCUGUCGUCCAAGUGUCUCGAAGAGUCAACUCAGACUUGUCGAAUCAACAACUGACGGUUUCACAACUUGGGAUGAGCUUGACACAUCGGCUUAUCUCUAUAUCUACGCCUAUACAUUGAAAAAGGCACGUGUUAAGGGCGCGAGGAGGCGUGAAAGAACAACUAUAACACUGAGAUUCAGAUCUUUUGAUAAGUACGAGGAUAAUUUGCGGGAGGCCAGUCGUUGGAGACUUGCUAUCAAGUGUCUUGUCGCCAGGAUCACCAUACCCUGGAAUCUCAUGAGUCCCAGUCACGGAAAUCUCAGUGAUUUGCUGGAUGCAUGUGCUGGUGAUCGCAAGAAAAUUCUUGUCCUUCUGAAUCCAAAAUCGGGGCCUGGAAGAGGAAAAGAGAUUUUCCAACGGAGAAUUCAUCCCAUUUUAUCGGAAUCCGAGAAAUUCUAUGACGUACAUAUCACAAAGCACUCGAAUUACGCCAGAGAAUUCGUCAGGACGAGAGAUAUUUAUCAGUGGAGUGGGAUAUUAUCGGUUGGUGGUGACGGAAUUGUCUUCGAAGUUGUUAAUGGAAUUUUGGAGAGACCGGAUUGGGAUAGAGCGUUGAGGGAGCUUCCACUGGGAGUUAUUCCUUGUGGAUCAGGGAAUGGAUUGGCCAAGUCCAUCGCAUAUGCCAAGGGAGAGCCUUACGAUUCAAAUCCAAUGCUGAUAAGUGCCCUGUCUGUCGUGAAGAGCCGAAAGACACCGAUGGAUCUAGUUCGCGUUGAAACGCGCAAUCAAAUUUUAUUCUCAUUUUUAUCAAUUGGAUGGGGAUUCCUGGCAGACAUUGACAUUGAGAGUGAGAGUCUGCGGGCUAUUGGCGCCCAGCGUUUCACCAUUUGGAGCUUGGCCAGGCUCAUUGGAUUAAGAACUUACAAGGGAAAAGUGUCAUACUUACCCUGUGAUAAAGUAUCUAUAGCCGAGAGCAAGAGCAAUGGAAAUAUCUACGAUAAAGAUUUCAAAGAUGAAGUCAUUAUCCCACACUCCAGGAGCUACGGCGAUCAACUUGAUCGAUACUGCGGAGUGCGAGAGUCAAAGAGUUAUCACGACGUUAUGGAUUCAGUAACGAGUGGUCUUGACGACAUGUAUCUAGAUGAAAAUGACGUGAUAACAGAGAAUUUAUCACUGGAAACUGAAAACCAGGUGCGGACCAGAUUGGACAGCUUUUACUCUGCAACAUCACGAAAAUCCACGUACUUCAGUACUGGAUCUGCGUCUAGUUAUCACAGUAUGGAAGAUAACGAUAAUUUAACGCCAGAUGAAGAGAAUGAGAGCGGCAAUCGCGUGAUGUAUGGCCCGUCAUCAUCACUUCCGGCAUUGACUGCGCAACUUCCUAAUAGUUGGAUACAGAUACAAGGGGAAUUUGUUAUCGUACACGCAGCUUAUCAAUCACAUAUCGGACAAGAUUGUUUCAUUGCACCGAGAGCAAAGUUAGCUGAUGGUGUGAUAUGGCUACUGAUCAUAAGAGCUGGUAUCACUCGUACAAAUCUUCUUCAGUUUCUUUUGGGAUUGAGUACGGGAGCUCAUUUGACGUGCCCUGGAGUGGAAAUGAUUCCAGUAAGAGGUUUUCGCAUCGAGCCGGAAGGUACAAAUGGCCACAUGACUGUCGACGGUGAAGAGGUGGAUUACGGUCCAUUGCAGGCCGAGGUGUUCCCCUCAAUGGCCACUAUAAUGAGUCCUUGACCAGUACCGUGAGGACACCAAUUUUAUGUACUUGAUGAAUUUAAAUCAAAAUCAAUACGCUCAUAAAUUCCGCUGCUGCUGAUGCACCACUAGAGUAUUUUUCGAGACAUUUCCUCCGUCUUUUUGUCGAACAAAAAGGGGAAUUAAUUGUGGGAUAUUGUGGGAGUUUGAUGACUUGAAUUGAGGGGAUUGGUUCGUUAUAGAUUCACGAGGUGAUGAGAGUUCUAAUUGUAAAUAUUGUAUUUUGAUGGACGAGAGGUGAUCAUUGUACUGUUUGUUGGAGAUUUCAUGAGAAUUUCUAGCUCUGAGACGGAUUUUUGGUGCCAAAGUUGGGGAGUGGUGAAAUGGGAUGUCAAUUUAAUUAUCUCUUGUCAUUCAACAUUAAUUUUAACAUUUUUCUCGAGCUUCCAGGUGUUUAGUAAAAAAAAAAACCUGCGAAGUGGUGAAAUGAGAGAACUAGACUUUUUUGGUUCUUCAAAAUAUCGAUUGAUCUAGAAAACUAUUGAUUUUAGGAGACAAUACCAUCCGACCUUUUUUAUUAGAAAUCUAAUCAGCUACGAAAAAGUUAUUUGACAUUUUACCCGUAAAACGAUAGUUUUCGAGAUAAAUCGGGAAUUAGAGUUCAUUUUCUCUCAUUUCGUCACUUUGCUGCUGAAAUAAUUGAAAGAAAUGGAGUCAUUCAAUUCUACUUCGCGCCUGAGAUAUCUAUAUAAAUAAAAUUGAUCCCGUUUCCCCACUUCCCUACGGACUACUGGCCUAGGCCCUGUUUGAGAUGCUUUUUCUAGUUAAAAAUGGGAAAAUACAUCGACAAAUUGUUAAAUAUUUUUUAGAACCUGCGAUAUCAAUAAGCAAUCAUUAUGGGAUUAUAAAACGCUUCAUUUCGUUUUUGCAUGAUGAGGCCAGUAGAUAAGUGGUGAAUGAUCUCCCUAGAAUUCACGCAGAGAAAGUAAAUUAAUUUAGCAUUGACCUCUGGUCAUUCACCACUUCCCUACCGAACUGAUUUGAUCCUUCAAUAUUUUUGAACAUUCAGAGUAGUAAUUAGACAUCCCAGUAAUGGUGAUAAAAGUAUUAAAUAAAAUUAAAUUUAUAAACCUUGUGUUUAAUUUAAUUAAUAUAUUUCACGAAUAUAAAAACUGCAGGUCUGGCAGGUAUGGCUGCACAUAUAUUUUUUUUUUCUUUUCCGUUGUUGCAAUUACUGCCGAGGAAUAUAUUAAUUAUUCAUCUACGGAGUCACUGCAUAAUAGCUGAUGGAAAUUCAACUUUACGGGAUAUUUACAGCACUGAUAAAUCUUGAAGAGAUAAUCGCAUGCAGAACAAUGGAU